AUGACUUGGCACAUCUCAACAGCACCCGCACAUAAACACCGUCCAACAAUCUACUUUGACGAAUGGAACGUCUGGGAUCCAAUUCGAGCGCCAGGUUACAAAGGAGCGGAAGAGCUUUAUGAUGUGAGUGACAUGCUAGCCGUUGCCGUUUGGCUGAAUGUCUUCAUACGGCAAAGCAAGUACAUUGGCAUGGCGACUGUGGCACAGAGCGUCAAUGUGUUUGCACCAUUGAUGACAACUGCUUCGGGAGUAGUCAAGCAGACGACCUACUGGCCACUGCUGCUGUUCAGCCGUUACAUGCGUGGGAAAGCACUGGCCACGCACGUGUGUGCUGAGACCUAUACCGGGAGAACCUUUCCGGAGUGGCUGGCGAGUACACGAGAUUUACCUUUGCUUGAUGUCUCGGCUGCGUUGAGCGAGGACGGCUGGGUGAAUUUGGCAGUUGUAAAUAUUGACGAAGAGAGGGAUCUGCAGACAGAUGUUCUCCCGGGCUCAGGUGACAAAGAAGAAGUCCAGGUUUACACUGUUGGAGGUAAGGGGAAUGGUAUUCGAGAUAGCAAUACGGAGAAGAAUGAGAAGCUAUCUAUUCGAGAGUCGACAUGGGAUGGGAAAGGAGGGAAAUUUACUUUCGAGAGGAGGAGUUUUACACAAUUAAGAUGGAAGGCUUAG